CUCUACUUUAGUUCUUACUGCCUGCCUGAACGUCGGCAACUGGAACGGACGAACAGAACAUCUCACUGUUCAGCAAAUUCACGUUUUUCCAUGUACAUGUGCUUUUAAUAAAUGAGUGCCAACACCAUAGGAGUAAAAUACCAAUCUCCCCGGACGUGUCGUGUUCUGUUCGAGAUUUGACAGUUUGAUCUGACCCGCCAUGUGACUUACGAUUGGAGGAUCAGGUGUUGAGUGAAAUACAAUUCUGACAUUUGGCACUUCUCGAACGGACUCCGUAGCAUGAACAGUAGCAAUUUUUUCGGGGGUUUCAUGAACUGGUCUUCGGUGGCAUCAUGGUUUACAGAGCCCGAAACUUCCUGUCUACAAACAGCGAUGGAAGAUUCUGAAAGGUACAUUAAUGGAGUAUCAGAUACUGCACCAGUUGAUUCAGUAAAGGGCUCUUCACAAAGUGACGCAAAAACUAAUGGUGAAAGGAUAUUACCAACUCCGAAAAUAGCUACGGCCAUCAAAUGUACUGUGCCAAAUUGUUCUUGUGACUGCUUCAUCCCAGGUACUAAACAACUGCGUUACUGUGAAACCUGCAAACAUGGAUGGGUCCCACAUGCUUUGGACAAGUUAGGAGUGCGACAUCUCUUCAGUAACAGUGCUCCUGAGCCGGUGCAGCCAAAUGCCGCUUUUGACAUAGCAAGUUUAGUUCUUUACGGUUGUUCAGCGCUUCCUAUACGACUGAAAAUCCUGUUAGAUCGGUUGUUUUCAGUGCUUCACAAGGAUCAAGUGGUGCAAGUUUUGCAUGGAUUUGGUUGGACUCCCAUUGACUACGCCAGAGGAUAUAUCUUGCAGGAGACACACGGCAGCACUCUGGACCGAUGGACAAUCUGUAGCCCUGAGGAGGAGCCUUUGGUCCUCCAGCAGUUCCUCAGAUUUGGAGAAACGAGAGCCAUAACACAACAACUACUACUGGCGCAGCAAGCCCUUCAGGAGUCCAACCUGGAGCGGCUGGAAAAGCGUCACUCACCGAACCAUCGUCGGGUGAUGUCCCCGAAUCGCCGACAUUCACCACCAGUAUUACCCCCUUCGGCUUUUCACCUGUCUCGAAUGCCAACGAUGUCUCCGCAUCAAAAGUAUCCGCUCCCCUUUCUGAAAAUGCCAUCGUCGAACGGGCCCCUGCCAUCUCUGUCCCCUCCAAGAAGUAUCAACAACAGCCCCAUGAAUACAUCUCCACUGAAUCGUCUUCAGAAUAUGCAACCUUUCGAUUUUCGAAAACUAGGCGCGGGCCUGGCGAAUUUCUCGAACAGGGUCAGCCCGGAUUUGAAUCGACGAAGGACCAACGAAAGUGAGAACAUGGGUUUGAAUCUUACGAUGUCUACUUCUCUUCCAACUUGUCUACCUCCUCCCCCACCUCCCACGUCUACCUUGAGUCACGUGGCUAUGGCCGCUGCUGUGAAUCCCCUGGCAGCAAGUUUGGUGGCAUCCUCAUUUCCUAGUCUGAUGUCUGCCAGACUUUCGACUGGAAGCAAAUCGCCGUCGAAUUCCGAUUUGAUCAGCGGAAAUACGAACAGUGAGGAGGAUGACGAUAAAGAUGAGAAUUCCCACAGCGCUCUGAACCUCAGCAGGGAUAGGGAUUCUUCGAAAGACGGUCAAUUGUCGUCCCGCGUAGUACCUGGAAGGAAGUUAUCAACCCCGACGAAGAGGCAGUGGACUUCGCCUAGUCUUCCCUUGAAUUUGGGGACGCAGUUCAUAAACCCCGCGACUGGGAAGAAACGCGUGCAAUGCAACGUAUGUUUGAAGACAUUUUGCGACAAAGGUGCAUUGAAGAUUCAUUUUUCGGCAGUCCAUUUGCGUGAAAUGCACAAAUGCACCGUCGAGGGAUGCAACAUGAUGUUCAGUUCGAGAAGAUCUCGCAAUAGACACAGUGCAAAUCCGAAUCCAAAGCUUCAUUCGCCUCACCUACGUCGAAAGAUAUCACCACAUGACGGACGCAGCGCGCAAUCCCACCCUAUACUGAUCCCGCCGCAGACCAGCCUUGGCCUUCCUGCGGCAGCCGCUCUGAACCCGCUGAAUCCCUUCGGCCCGUUCCCUCUGAUCAAUCCAACCGGCGAUCUGAGGCACCACUCAGCCUUAGCGAUGGAGUUCAAACAGUCUCUCGAUCUGAGUAUGCAACGGAUGGAAGAACAGAAAAAUCUCCUAAACGAAUGUGAUCCUUUACCGCUCACUGCCAGUAACAGCGACAGGCAGCAGCACAUGGAGGAAGACGACGAGGAUGACGAUGGCAUCGUCGUUGUCGGUGGCGUGGACGAAGACGACCGUGAGAAGAACGAAGCAUCGAACAGUGAAAUAUCCGAUCAGCCGGAAGAUUUCAGCAUACCAUCGAAAAGACCGAAAACGUCAGUGUCAGAUGUUGACGAAGAAAUGACUGAUAACGUCGACAGCAACGACGAUUCGAUUAGUGUAACGGACAACGUCAGUGUUAAAGAUGAAGCUCAAGUACAAACAAGUAAAAGAAAACGCAAAAGCCAAAAUCCGACCAGAUGUGCCGUUCCCAUAAUGAUGGAGGAUACAGCUAGUGACGGUGAUUCGACUAGUGAUGUGUUUUCAGACAGAAUUUCGAGUAAGACUAAACUGAGUAACGACGUCGAGAAAAGUGAAAAUGAAAUGGCUGUGACUGAACAGGGGAAGAACGAAGAAGAAGAGAGGUUAUCGCCGUUGAAUUUAGAAAAGAGAUCGGCGGACGAGAACGCCAACGAACCUGAGAAGAGUGUAGCCAACGAGAUUAAAACAAGCAUUGCUCCUCUCUACUCCAUAGAUAAGACGAGGAGGGAAAAGCCUGUCACGGAGGCAGAACAGACCGACUACAAUUACGAUGGAGAAAGAGAAAGACCAGCUAGUUCCGUUGAGAGUAACAAAAGCGACGAAUCCUUCGACUCCUCCAACGCACUGCGGCAUUUAGAGAGUUUGUCCCAUGGACAUUUCGGGGACUUUAUGAGCAGAAGUCUCCACAUGGGUUUGACUGGUCAAGGUUCCCAAUUUCCACCUCUGGGAUUCAUGAUGGGAGGUGGACCACCAAGCCCAGCACGUUCUCAGACCUCUUCGGCUGGAAGCUCAAACGGUAAUGAGUCGGCGGAUGAGAAUAGUCAAAAUCAAUUUUUUGGACAUUUUGACAAUGGACAAUUCAUAAGUACAAUGGACGUACCGAUAGAUAAAGAAAAUCCAAGGCGAUGCACAGCUUGUGGAAAAAUAUUUCAGAACCAUUUCGGAGUCAAAACGCAUUAUCAAAAUGUUCAUUUGAAAUUGAUGCACAAAUGCAACGUAGACGGUUGCAACGCAGCAUUCCCUUCGAAAAGAAGUAGGGACAGGCAUAGUGCAAAUCUGAAUUUACACAGAAAACUCUUGUCGACAACUUCUGAUAAUCCGGCGAGUUCUCUAUUAGAAAAAUCUCCAUUUGCUUCCAUUUCAGGUAAUCCGGCGCUACAUGGAGAUUUUCUGAGCCGACUGUAUGCGGAGGAGGCCUUGAAGAAUCAUCACCUUGCGCCGCCAACUUUAGAUCAACUCAUGUUGAAUGGAGAUCGUAUUCCCCCAUCUCCCCUAUUACUGCCUCCGCUGGGAGGGCUUCCCUUCCACCUAGGCAACUUCAGUCAUUUUCCUCCCUUCAACGGUAACCUAUCGAAGAAGGAACGUUCCUCAAGUCCCAGCUCACCCUUGUCCGGUUCACCGCCACCAAAUUCGUCUCCGAGCAAGUACGUACAUUGCGUUGAGGAAGACCUGCCGACGGCCGAUAAAGAUGGGAAGCUUCCUUGCCGAAUAUGUCGGAUGACGUUCAGUACAACGGCCCAACUGAAGGACCAUUGCGAGAAAAACCACCUAUCGGACAUGUUCAAAUGUACCGUUGCCAACUGUCCAAAAGUCUUCAUGUCGAGGACGAGGAGGAACAUCCACUCUGAAAACGAAUCCUUCCACACGAAUUCUAGUAGAAAAAUCAUCGAACCCUCGUGACCUCGAACGAACUUUCUUAAUAUGAGAGCUGUUCCUUUGUGGUGGUGAUUUAAUGAUUAGUAUUUGAAAUUUAUUUCUUGAAUGUGAUUAUAUAUAGAUAUUUUUUUAUUUUCAAAGUCAGUUUCUACCUUAUUUAUUUCGCUUGUAAAAAGAUCGUUUAAUAUAUGUUUCCAGUGAAACUCUCAGUGUAUAGUAGCCAGUCAUGAAAAUACUCACUGUACAUAAAAAUGAUAUGUUCAAUAUAUGUAGCUAGAUGAUCUUUCGUAUUACUGUCAAAACAUCAAAGAACUUGCUCAUUUUUAUAAGUACUCCAUCGACUAUGUGCUUCUGAAUAUUAUUUAUGCUUGACUGAAGUAAAGCAUAUUGUUAAUCUUCGAAGAAAAUGUUGCUUGUAAACUCAAUAAUCGAACUGAAUACUAUAUGGAGUUAUACAGUUAUGUAUAUUCAAUGUGCAAUAACUUUGUGAAUAAAUCUAUCUUGCCUAUUAAUGUAUAGUUGUAAAUAAAACAAUAUAUUUAAGAUCUAAAUAAGGAACUUUGACCCUCAUUACCCAGAAUAUGUAUACGAAGAUCACUCUCGAUUUCCCCCAUAUAUAAAUUAAAAAUUUGUUAUACCAAAUUUAACCAGUUACUUAAAGAGUUGGGAACUGUAAAAAAUAGAGAUCUCUUAACUGUCGAUGUUAUUUGUUAUUGCAUAUCCAAUGUACAGUAAUCCGUAUGUAUAGCCUUUGGGCUCUAUUAAACUUAUAGCUGUCGUA